AUGGAGGAGCGGGAGCGGGGGGCGAGGUCGGCUCGCGCCGGGAGCCCCGCGCGCCCGCCCAGCCCGCGGCUGGAUGUCAGCUCUGACAGCUUCGACCCGCUGCUGGCCCUGUACGCGCCCCGCCUGCCGCCCAUACCCUACCCAAACGCGCCCUGCUUCAACAACCUGGCCGAGUACGAGAGCUUCCUCAGGACCGGGGUCCGGGGCGGCGGGCGCGGGCGGGCGCGGGGCGCGGCCGCGGGCUCAGGGGUGCCCGCCGCCUCUGCCGGGCCCUCGGCUAGAACCCGUCGCCGCCUGGACGCCCCGGCCCCGGACCCCGAGCGCAUCCAGCGCCUCCGUCGCCUCAUGGUGGCCAAGGAGGAAGGGGACGGGGCCGCCGGGGCACGCCGGCGGGGUCCGGGUCGGAGCAGGAAGGCGCCGCGCAACGUGCUCACGCGAAUGCCCUUGCACGAAGGCAGCCCUCUGGGUGAGCUCCAUCGUUGUAUCCGGGAGGGGGUGAAGGUGAACGUUCACAUUCGCACUUUCAAGGGUCUUCGUGGCGUCUGUACAGGCUUCCUCGUCGCAUUUGACAAGUUCUGGAAUAUGGCACUUACCGAUGUGGAUGAGACCUACCGAAAACCUGUUCUAGGCAAAGCGUAUGAACGGGAUUCUUCAUUGACUCUUACUAGGCUAUUUGAUCGCCUAAAACUUCAGGAUUCCUCCAAAAAGGACGCAGAUUCCAAGUCUGCAGUUGAAGAUUCCACUCUGUCCAGAUACUCCCAGACAUCCACUUGGAAGGUAGCUUCGGUGUGGGGACGAGGAGACACUGACCGGGGCUCACGCAGGCGUUCCCGCUCCGUCCCUUCUUCCCUGCAGGCGUCUGCAAGGGAGGAGUCCAGGUCAGAGAUGUCAGGGAGGACUACACGGACAGAAGGGUCAAGUGCAGGAGGUACCUUUUCCAGGGCUACCACCCUUUCCAGGGGUCAGCCCCGUAAGAAAAAGCGAAAGCCCAAAGUGGAUUACCAGCAGGUAUUCACUCGACACAUAAAUCAGAUUUUCAUUCGAGGCGAGAAUGUCCUGCUGGUUCAUCUUGCACAGUGA